AUGGCAUCUUUCAGCAACAUAGAACUCAUCCGCCAGGUAGACUCGUACCCGUACGAGCAGGACACGGCUCGCUAUGCUGAGACCGAUGGGUCCAUGUACACUCUCGUCUGGAAGGACGAGAAGGGCGAUGUGCCCUUAGGUUAUGUCCUGCCAAGAGUGGUGGAAAAGCUGGCAGAAGCACCCGCCAAUGUGAGGGGAGACGUUCAGAUUAACCCGAUCACACGCACCGUCUCUGCUUUCCAGGCACCAACUCUGGAAGGUCGCAGCAAGCUGGCAGCCGACCUCUUUGAUUUCUGGAGGAUCAAUGACGUCUUCCCUAUCCUCCGAGGCUGGCGCGACGAGCUGUGGCCUGUCUAUGGCCGUAAUCGUGAACUACUCAUCAACAUGGAACGAGCCGCCUCUGGCUUGUUCGGCGUCAUGAGGUACGGCGUCCACAUGACUGCGUUCGUGCGCUGUCCGUCUGCGAGUCAUGGUGUCAAGAUUUGGGUUCCUCGUCGCUCCCCGACCAAGUCGACAUUUCCUGGCAUGCUGGACAAUACAGUCGCUGGAGGACUGAUGACCGGCGAAGACCCUUUCGAAUGUGUCAUCCGCGAGGCAGACGAAGAGGCCAGUCUUCCGGACCCGCUCGUCCGCAGCCGUGCAAGGCAUGUCGGCGGCGUCACAUACAUCUACAUCACCAAGGCAGAAGCAGGAGAGGUGGGGCUCAUUUAUCCGGAAGUCCAGUGGAUUUACGAUCUUGAGCUACCGGAGGAUGUUGUGCCACAACCGAAGGACGGAGAGGUCGCCGAGUUUGACCUCUGCACUGUCGAACAAGUUCAGCAGAGCCUGGCACGAGGCGAAUGGAAGCCCAACUGCGCUCUCGUUAUGAUUGAUUUCUUCAUCCGCCACGGCAUCCUGACCAAACAGAACGAACCCGAAUACGACCACAUCCUGCGAAGAAUCCACCGAGUUCUGCCAUUCCCGGGACCUCACAACGAGGACCCUUCCCUAGGGGCCAUCGAUGGCUGA